AAUUGACAUUAAAUUAAAAAAAAAAAAAAAAAAAGGGGAGUUCGAGAAAAUUAGUUAAAGGGUUUGUCCGAAGAGAAAAUACGCAACAAUUUCUCUCUUCGCGUAUUUGUUGAUUUUUUGAAACCCAAAAUUUAUCAUUUCUGAGCUAAUGGCGGAUCAACUCACCGAUGACCAGAUCUCCGAGUUCAAAGAAGCCUUCAGCUUGUUCGACAAGGAUGGCGACGGUUGCAUCACCACCAAGGAACUUGGGACUGUAAUGAGGUCAUUGGGCCAGAACCCCACUGAGGCAGAGCUCCAGGACAUGAUUAAUGAGGUGGAUGCUGAUGGUAAUGGGACAAUUGAUUUCCCUGAGUUCUUGAACCUGAUGGCCAGGAAGAUGAAGGAUACUGAUUCUGAGGAGGAGCUUAAGGAGGCAUUUCGGGUUUUCGACAAGGAUCAGAAUGGUUUCAUCUCAGCUGCUGAACUGCGCCAUGUGAUGACAAACCUAGGGGAGAAGCUCACCGAUGAAGAAGUAGAUGAGAUGAUAAGGGAAGCUGAUGUGGAUGGUGAUGGCCAAAUAAAUUACGAUGAAUUUGUCAGGGUUAUGAUGGCUAAGUAAUGAUCCCACCCUCUAAUGGCUAAGUAAUGAUCCCACUGUCUGAAAUUUCCUUAAAGAAAUCUUCUUUAAAAAGGAGUUGACGAAUAUGAUGGGAUUCCUAGUGGUUAUAAAUAUUUCAAGUAUCGUUUCAGUUUUUAUAUAUUUUUACUUCUUCUGUGAACCUAAUCCAGCUUGCUAAACGUUGUUGCAUGAAUGACACUGCUACUUAUCUAUA